AUGGAAGCUUCAGAGGCCCAGAAGAAAUCGUUGCACGAGGCAAUGGCGGAGCUGUAUGAGGACUUUGAAGGCGACGCAUUCUUCACCGUGCCAGAGGGGAACGGCAGUACAUUCUCUUUCGGCACGAAAUUUGACGGCGCCGAUGAUGCCACUCAUCACAUCGAAGGAUCAACCAAGAUAGGCACAUUCUUCUGCAUCACUUGUGUGAGGUUGUAUAUCCAGAUCGACAGCCGCGGGUGCUUCACGGCCCAUAUCAAUGCCUGGUCGCUUUGCGAGCACAUUUUCAACUUUGUCGAUGCCGCAGAUGGCGAGGUGAUUCGAAAGGAGGUCCAAGGACGUCUGCACUAUGAGUACAAGACUAGGAAUUGGGAUUGCGGAGAUGACAACUUUGCGAAGCUGGUGGUUGUAUGCUCUCCGAGGCCACAGGUGUUUGUUGAAGGUGAAAAGGUGCUUGAAGAAAGCAUCAAGUUGGGCGGGUGGAACGUUUUCCUGGGGGUUAGAGACUUCCCUUCCUCAAGGCGAGACAACUCCCAUGUCACACUUCUGGUGUUGCACAUGAACGUAGCCUCCUACGUGUUGAACCGCACCGGCAUGUACAUCUUCGCAACCCUCCUCGCCUCGCGCUCGGCAAAAGUACACUCUUCGUCCUCGUCGUAUACCUAG